AUGUGGAACCAGAGGCUGGCGCGUGCCUUAUCUGCUUCUCUCUCUUCCAGUGGUCUUAAAGCUCUCUGUGUGAUCCUACUUGUCUUCCCUAUUUACCAUAUCAUCGAAAUCUCCAGACCCGAAACCCACUUCAAGCUUUCGAUGACUGCAUCAAUGGCGUCCUCCUCUCUCUCCCCUGCUACUCAGCUGGGAUCGAGCAGAAGCGCUAUGUUGGCGAUGUCUCGUGGGUUGUUUGUGAAGCCCACGAGGACGAAUCAUCAAAUGGUGAAAAAGGAGAAGACUGGGUUGAGAAUUGCUUGUCAAGCAACGAGUAUUCCAGCAGACAGAGUUCCAGAUAUGGAAAAGAGGAAGCUUUUGAAUCUUCUUCUUGUGGGAGCUCUUUCUCUCCCUAGUGGCUUCAUGCUUGUCCCUUACGCUACCUUCUUUGCUCCUCCUGGAUCCGGAGGUGGAGGUGGUGGUACUCCAGCCAAGGAUGCACUUGGAAACGAUGUAGUUGCAGAGGAAUGGCUUAAGACUCAUGGUGCCGGUGAUCGAACCUUGACCCAAGGAUUAAAGGGAGAUCCGACUUACCUAGUCGUUGAGAACGACAAGACUCUAGCGACAUACGGUAUCAAUGCGGUGUGCACUCAUCUUGGAUGUGUUGUGCCAUGGAACAAAGCUGAGAACAAGUUUCUAUGUCCUUGCCAUGGAUCUCAAUACAACGCCCAAGGCAGAGUCGUUAGAGGUCCAGCUCCAUUGUCGCUAGCAUUGGCUCAUGCGGAUAUCGAUGAUACUGGGAAGGUUAUAUUUGUUCCAUGGUCUGAAACUGACUUCAGGACUGGUGAUGCCCCAUGGUGGUCUUAA